GCGGGGGCGCGCGCGGCAAGAUGGCGGCGGGCGGCGCGCGCGCGCUCCUGGUGCUGCUGCUGCUCUCCGGCGCCGCGCCGCGGGCCUCGCAGGACUGCCUCAGUGAGCAGCAGCUCCUCGCGGCCAUCGGCCAGCUGCAGCAGCUGCUCAAGGGCCAGGAGGCCCGCUUCACCGAGGGCAUCCGUGGCCUAAGGAACCGACUGGCCGUGCUGCAGCGCUCCGUCAGCCAGGCGGCCCCCACGCUGCCAGGGAGUGGACGCCCAGCAGAGGGGCUCACGAGGGGAGGUGAGGACGAGGAGACCAGCAGGGGCCUCUGCAUCCUGCUCUCUGUCCUAACAGUCUCCUGCCCUGAGCUGAGCGCCCCUCCGGAUGGCAGAAAGUUUGGAAGCAAGUACUUGGUGGAUCACGAAGUCCACUUUACCUGCAACCCCGGCUUCCGGCUGGUGGGGCCCAGCAGCGUGGCAUGUCUGCCCAACGGCACCUGGACAGGGGAGCCACCCCGCUGCACAGACACCCACGAAUGCUCCAGCCAGCCGUGUCAGGACGAUGGGACAUGUGUGGAAGGAGCCGACCAGCACAGCUGCAUGUGCCCCCUGGGGAGGAUCGGGAGCCACUGCCAGCUCCAGGGCCAGACCGCCGCCCCCGAGGCCCGCGACCCCGGCGACCCCGGCGACCCCGGCUUCAGGCGCGCGCCCCGCUGUGCGCAGGAGGAGCGGGCGCAGCGCUGCAGCUGCGAGGCUGGUUUCCAGCUGAGCGCGGCCGCCAGCGUCUGCCAGGAUGUGGACGAGUGCGCGCUCUCCGCGCGGGAGGGCGCCCGCCUCUGCGUGCACGCCUGCGUGAACAUCCCCGGCUCCUACCGCUGCGCCUGCCCCGCCGGGUACCGGCCCUCGGCUGGCGGCGAGAGCUGCGAGGAUGUUGAUGAGUGUGUGAGCCCGCAGCAGGUGUGCCCCCCGGGAACCACGUGCAUCAACACCGGCGGGGGCUUCCAGUGCGUGAACCCCGAGUGCCCGCAGGCGGGGAAGGCCAGCUACGUGAAGACAUCCCCAUUCCAGUGUGAGCGAAACCCCUGCCCGGUGGAGAGCAGACCCUGCCGCCAGAUGCCCAAGACCGUCUCCUUCCACUACCUCUCCCUGCCCUCCAACCCGAGGCCGCCCCUCACGCUCUUCCGCAUGGCCACCGCCUCCGCCCCAGGCCGGCCUGGGCCCAGCAGCCUACGGUUUGGGAUCGUGGGUGGCGACAGCCGCGGCCGCUUCGUGAUGCAGCGCUCGGGCCGGCAGACAGGCGAACUGGUCCUCAUCCAGACGCUGGAGGGGCCGCAGACGCUGGAGGUGGACGUCGACAUGUCGGAGUACCUGGGCGGCAUCUUCCAGGCGAACCACCUGUCCAAGGUCACCGUCUUCGUGUCCCCCUAUGACUUCUAAGGCUGCCCUGGCUCGUUUCUCGUCCCCACACCUGUGGUGCUGCCCGCUGUAGACAUUUCUCCUCUCCUGGCCCUGCGCCUGCCCCUGCCCCACCUGCCAGCCUCUCGGGCACAGAGAGGCAGUGUGAGCCCCAGGCUGCUGCCUUCACCCCUUUGCUACCUUAAGGCCUUGGGAUAGGCACUGACUUUUCCAAAUGCUCCUUGGCACCACAUCGCUGCGGAGGGUAAGCUCGGGGUCUGCCCUGUAAGGAGCCGCUCGGCUGAAGUCCUGGGGCAGAUCAGGGUUCUCGCGCCACUGGGCCAGGCUGUGCCCCUGGGCCCGGGCGGUCCCUUCUGCGCGCCCCCCUGCGUGUCGUGUCGCCUGGGACCUGGGACCCCGGCCGGUUCUUCCCGGCGAGAGCACAGAUCCUGCGCGAGUGGCUGCCCGUGUGAGCGGUCCCAGCGCAGGCCGGGCCUGUGUCGUAAUCGACUAAAUAAAGCCUGUCCCGCCCCGCC